CAUACUUUAAUUAGUCUAAAAAAAGAACAACAAACACGAAAAACAAGAACAAAACCAGCUUUUUUAGCAAUUAUUCUUGUAUUGGUAUCGGCGACAAAUAAAAGGCCACGCGAUGAUAAGCUUUCUGUUCAUUGUAAACCGCGCGCUUAGCAGCAGCACCGCAGCAACCUUGACGAGCAAGAAGAUGUCCGCCGCCGGUCCACGCCCCCUCGUCCUCUGCGGUCCCUCUGGGUCCGGCAAGAGCACGCUCCUGAAGCGCCUCUUUGCCGAUUUUCCCAAUACCUUUGGAUUUAGCAUCUCACAUACCACGCGGAAGCCCCGCCAAGGCGAGGAGCAUGCCGUUCACUACUAUUUCGUGGAGCGGCCGGAAAUGGAGGCCGCUAUUGCCGGCAACGAGUUCAUCGAGACCGCCGAGUUCUCGGGGAAUCUGUAUGGAACCAGCAAGGCAGCCGUUCGCGAGAUCCAGGCCCAGGGCAGGGUCUGCAUCCUGGACAUUGAACAGAAGGGCGUGGAGCAGAUCCGACAAACGGAUCUCAAUCCCAUUUUGAUCUUCAACAAUCCACCAAGCAUUGAGGAGCUGGAGCGCAGACUGCGUCUACGUGGUUCCGAGACGGAGGAGAGUCUGCGAAAGCGCUUGAACGCCGCUCAGGUGGAGCUGGACUACGGCCUAACCGCGGGCAACUUCCACAAGAUCAUCAACAAUGUAGACAUUGAUGUUGCCUACCAGGAAUUUCGCGAUUUUGUCGUCCAGGAGCUCACAGAGCAGGCGAAUCAGGGUGUGACCGUCAGCCUAAACUAAGGGAUAUUGGAUAGAUGAACGGACUACACUCCUAACCAGGGUGCAAUGAUAUUAACCUCAGAAGGGGACGCCGGGUCCAAGCAUUAUUUGUUACCAAGAAUUGUGGUUGGUAAGAGAGGUAGUUUCUGGGAAGAUUUCGGGGAGUUUCUAAGAGAGAUUUUGAACUGGAAACUAAAGCUAGUGUUUGUUUUUCUUUAAUAGGAUUUGUUUUUAGUUCUUAUUGCUUAUUUAAGCAAAUAUUUUAAAUGGUAUAUUAGCUCAAUUUAUUUUUGAUUAACCAUGGAUUCAAGAAGAAAUCCUUUGAAGUUGUACUUUUAAAUAUUUUUUAGAGGUAGUAAAUGCAAUAACAAAAUGGUUCUUUAAGUUUACAGUCGUAAGAAGAAAAAAGCUUAACAUUUAUGAAGAUUCCAACAAACUCAUAGUUAAAGGAUAUCAUUCUAGACUUUAAUUAGUUAAAUGAAAACCUAAUUUAUUGUUAAAUAUGUAUCCAACUAAAAAGGAUAUUAAGACUUUCUUGUUGAAAAUAUUAUUUCAAUCAAAUAAGAAACAAAGACUUGCAAAUAAUGUGUUCUUUUAGUUCAUUUUGGAAUCACUUAAGGAAAGCCUAACUUAACCCAUAGUUUCCAGUUACAAACAACUCUUGAAACUCCUCAUAAAUAACCUACCUCACGGGCACCACUUCUCCUGGGUGAUCCAUGCUAAUUGAAUGACCCGUCGCCCCACCACCAAGUUGACUAAUGGCAUUUAUACUUAAGAAAUGGCUUUGUAUUUAUAUUAACCCCUCCCUGCUCUUCCUCCUACUCAUCCUCCUUUAUCCCUCCUAUUUGUUGUGCAGAACUUCGUUGUUGUCAUUUGUAAUCUUAAGCUAAAAGUUGUUGCGCUGCUGCCUUCACGGUCGAGAAAUGGAAUCAAUAAAGCAAACAAUAUGCGGGUAUUAAAAU